CGCCACUCAAACACAGGAAAUAGAUGGCUGAAAAAGGACAGAUCACUAAGAUCUGUCCUUUUCACUAAGAGCAUUUAUAUUUCCCCUCAUCCCUCCCUCCACCUAUCCAUGCAUUUGUUAAUUACCCUUAUUAGUAAAUAGGCUCACAGGCUUUCAUCUCUCCAACUCCCUCUUUCCACAACUCUCUUUUCAUCUUCGCCAUUCUUUAACAGCAUGGAUAUGGAUAUGGAUAUGGACUUGGAGAGGAUCAUUCAGUGCAUCAAACAAGGAGACCAGGACAGUGUCCAGAUACACCUGGACCACUACAACACUCAGUAUGCUGAAUGCUUCUUCUUCAAUAUUGAGGAGAGGGAAAGAAGAAAGCAAAAAGAGCUGGAUGAGUUCAGGAAGAACAAAAUGAGGGACUUUGUUCCCGACUCGGACUCUGAUUUCAACUCAGACUCAGAUGACGCUGAGGACCAGGAUCUCCUUCUCAGACGGAGGCUGGCUGCAGCCCUGGUGUGGUUUAUCCGUACCCAGCUCCAGCCGGGGGUUCUGAGAGUGACCCUGCGUACGCUACGUAUCCUGUCCCGCGACCGGCAGGCUCUGGCGCCCCUGGUGACCGACACCGCCCUCCUCACCCUAGCCCACCUGGGCGGCAUAACCUCCCUGCCCAUCCCCGAAGGCCAGGAGGAAGACGAGGAGGAAGGUCAUGAUGCCGAGAGAGAAGAUUACGGCUAUGUCCUCGGUGACGUCAGUUCGGAUGCCUGUAAACAGAGCGACACAGAGGCCAGUGAGUGCAGUAUGGGCGCUAAUGCUAAUGCUAGCUUGUUAGCAGUUAGCAAUGUGGAUGCUAACGUUGUCGGUGCUAGCCCGACCCAGCACUCCUUGGCCCAGGCUUCCACUCAGACCUGUCCAGCGCUGGAUACGGCCAACAACAGCCAAGGUGGAGCAACGACAUCGCCAUCAGUGACCAGGGACCCCUGCUGCACUCUCAGUACAGAAACCUGCCAUGACAACCUGCGCUCUGUCUCCACGGAAACCUGCACUGCCGAGCACCACUGCUCUCCGGGUCAUGGAGCUCUGGUGCGUGGAAAGAAGGAUGCCCGGGAAGAGAUGGAUGAAGAGGAGGACAAAGAAGAUAAAGAGGAAGAUGACCAGGUGGGGAGGAGGGAGGCCCUGAAAGCCCUUUGUAAUAUAAUCUACAACAGUCAAAGGGCGCAAGAGAGGGUCAGCGCUCUGAGACUGCUCUCUGGUCUAUCUGACAAGCUGAAGCAGGGGAUCAGUGCCAAAGCUAUUCCCAGUGGUCAGUUUUAUGAACUACGGCUGCUCUUCCUGCUGACGGCUCUGAGACCAGAGCUCAGGGUGCAACUGCAGCAGGAGCGAGGGGUGUCCAUGCUGACUGCAGCUCUGGAGCAGUGUCUGUCUGCGCGGUGGGGGGAAGAGUACGAGGUGCUGAGUGACCACAGUGCGCCCCCUGUCUCUAAGGAGGUGUCACAGCGAGCUGUGGAGAUCCUCAAGACCCUGUUCAACAUCACAUACAGCUUCCACAGACAGGAGCCAGACGAGGAGGAUGCAGCUCUCUAUCGCCGCCUGGCUGCAGUGCUACGUCACUGCCUGCUGCUGACCUGUGACGGAGAAGAACUCACUGAGGAGAUACAGGGGCACACAGUGAAUGUGCUCUCUGCCCUACCCCUACAAUGUCUGGACGUGCUGCUGUCUGUGCGUCUGACGGAGGGUUCACAGGAGUGGGAAGGGGUCAACAUGGACACUGUCCACACCCUACUCACCUUCAUGGAGAGACGCCUGGACAGGGGUCAGAAGUUGAAGGAGAAACUGACUCCAGUCCUGAAUCUGUUGACUGAGAGCUGCCGCGCGCACCGCGAGACACGCCACUACCUCAGACAACAGAUCCUCCCCCCUCUGAGGGACGUGGCCUUGAGGCCGGAGCAGGGGGCCACAGUGAGGGGACGUCUGGUGCGCCUGAUGACCCACAUGGACACGGACAUCAAGCACUGUGCUGCCGAGCUCCUCUUCGUGCUCUGCAAAGAGAACGUGAGUCGUUUUGUGAAGUACACAGGCUACGGUAACGCAGCAGGUUUGCUGGCAGCGAGGGGCUUGCUGAGUGGAGGUCAGGUGACCCACGCCCAGUACUCUAGCGACUCAGACUCUGACACAGAGGAAUACAGGGAAGCUAAGGGGCGCAUCAACCCAGUGACGGGGAGGGUGGAGGAGGAGCAGCCAGACCCCAUGGAGGGAAUGACAGAGCGGGAGAAAGAGCAGGAGGCACUAAGACUCAUCAGCCUGUUCAACAGGCUCUCACGGGACAAGAUCAUCCAACCCGUGGGAGUGAUGACAGGGGGGGGACUGGAGCCCCUGUGUGGUCAGAUGAGGGGGAGCACUGUGGAAGAGGUGGAAUCAGAGGGGGAGAGUGAGGAAGAGAGGGAAAAGUAGGGAGGUUAGAAAAUAAAAGUGAGAGAUGGGAGGGUGAUUACAAGAAUUUACAGCAUAGGAUGGUGAAGAGACAGAAAGAGUAAGAGAGAUCGAGGUUGGUUUGUAUUUAUAUAGCACAGUUGUGGAAAAAGUACCCAAUUGUCAUACUUGAGUAAAAGUGAAGAUACCUUGAAAAUGACUGAAGUGAGUCACCCAGUAAAAAGUAUCUGGUUUAUCAAGUAUCAAAAGUCAAAUACAAUGCUAAAAAUACACUUAAGUGUCAAAAUUAAAGGUAAAUGUUAUAAAUCCUUUCAAAUUCCUUAUAUUAAGCAAACCAGACUGAACAAUUGAUUUGUAUUUAUUUAUGGAUAGCCAGGGACACACUCCAACAGUCAGACAUAAUUGACAAACGAAGCAUUUGUGUUUAAUUAGUCCACCAGAUCAGAAGCUGUAGGGAUGACCACGUGUUUUCUUGAUAAGUGUGUGAAUUGAAUUAGCAUUCGAAAUGUAACAAGUACUUUUGGGUGUCAGGGAAAAUGUAUGGGAGUCAAAAACUACAGAUUUUAUUUAGGAAUGUGGUGGAGUAAAAGUAAAAGUUGUAUAAAAUAUCAAGAAUAAAGUACCGAC